AUGCGGGCUUUCCUUCUUUUCACAAUCUGCACACUGUCAGUGCAACCAGCGAUCGCUUGGGGAGAUGUUGGGCAUCGAGCUAUCGCCUACUUGGCUGAGAAACACCUUACUCGUACCGGCUCUGAUCUCGUAAAUGAGCUUCUCGCCAACGAUAAAGGUUUUGAUAUCUCUGACGCCGCAACGUGGGCGGACACCAUCAAGUGGAAACGACCGCUCACUAGACCCUUGCAUUAUAUCAACCCCAACGACGAACCUCCAAAUUCAUGUUCCGUCUCAUAUCCGGAUGAUUGCCCUGCCGAAGGCUGUAUCAUCUCACUGAUGGCAAAUAUGACUCAUCAGAUCACGGACAAGAAAGCCAAUGAGACCGAGAAAAAGGAGGCCUUGAUGUUUUUAAUUCACCUUUUUGGGGACCUACACCAACCACUGCACGUCACGGGAGUGGCAAGAGGUGGGAAUGAUAUUCGUGUCUGCUUCGAUGCCAAGGCUCCGUGCGACGAUGACAACAAAAAAUGGAACCUACACUCAGUCUGGGAUACUGCCAUUCCACAUAAAAUCAAUGGCAUCAAGCACAGUCUCAAACACAAUCCUGAACGGCUGGCGUCAGCGAAGUGGGCCGAUAGACUCCAUCAGGAAAAUAGGCCGCGACCAAUUGAUACCGAGUGUGCAAUUACUCGACAACCCUUGAAAUGCAUCAAGAAGUGGGCGACGGAAUCAAAUCAGCUAAAUUGUGAUUUUGUGAUGGAAAGGGGAAUUGAGUGGCUUGAGGAGAAUGAUCUGGGUGGUGAGUAUUAUGAGGUAGCUGCGCCUAUUGUUGAUGAACAGAUCUUCAAGGCGGCUAUACGUCUUGCUGGUUGGAUCAAUGCCCUCGCAGCUAGGGCAGCGGCCGAUGAAUUCAGAGGCGUCCAUCUUCAGGGUGAUCUCUAA